AUGGACUCAAUGGACACCUACCCAUACAGACCGAGCCUAAUUCCCGCUGUGAUAGGAGUUGGUCUAUACUUUGCGCUGUUUGCUGGCCAUACAGUCCGCAUCCUACGCACUAAAGCAUGGGAUGGGCUUUACAUGCUAGCAGGUGCCUUAGGUAAAACCCAAGCCAUGGGUCUCGGAGCUCGAGUGUACUCUUCGAAAGAUGUUAAUAGCAUGGGCGCCUACGGUGCUCAAUAUGUACUGCUCCUGCUUGGACCCACUCUUUGCAUGCUGACCGUCAAUGUCACUCAAGUGAGGAUGAUGCGCUGUCUGAGCUCUGUGAAUUUCGGUGUGAUCCCUGCCCAGUUCACGUUGUCUACCUACCUCACCGUCAACAUUCUAUUGCUACUCCUGCAAGUGACUGGAUCUACCAUUCUGGUAGUGGCUCGCACAGAAGCCCUCAUCGUGACUGCGACGAAGAUUCUCAUUGCGAGUUACGUCUGCCAAAUGACCUUUUGGUUAUUCACUCUGGUGGAGAAUAUUUUCUGGAGAAUACGAUUCGGACGAUCCCCUUGGAGCACCCCAUCCAGGAUGGCUGACUGGAAGUACUAUACCCAAUUAUUUGAUCUGGCGAUAUCCAUUGUUGCCCUCGGCCGAAAUCUGACGCGAUUGACGCAGCUUGGCAUGGGGCCCAACGGCUUUCUCACUGUUCAUGAAUGGCCCAGCUACGCUUUCGACUUUUACCAAACUGGGGUCAUUCUUUUAGCCUGGGGAGUUUUCUAUCUGCCAGGGGUUUGCAAGGAAAUUCAGUUCAAGUGUUGUGGAAGGUGUUUGCCCAACCCCUAG